ACCGGGAACAUACAACUUGCAUUGCUUACCUCUAAGGCUUGUGGGUGCUGAGGGAGCACCCGCUCGAUGCAUCCUGAUCAAGUGAUGCUCACAUAUUUUAUGUAAUGCUACCUCGGCUAGAGCAGAAUGAGAACCUAUCGACAUAUGCAAUGAGGAUGAGAUGGAUGCUGAUGGUGGCAGUGGCGAUGGCGAUGGCAGUUGCAGAGGCAACCCCGCCCGGAAUCGCCAAGAAUCCGAGCAAUGCAGCGUGCUUGGACAAGAAGUACAAGCUUUGUUACAACCUGGUUCAUGUUUGCCCCAAGUUCUGCCCUGAUUCUUGCACUGUUGAAUGUGUUUCUUGCAAGCCCAUCUGCUCCGGCGCCUCCAGCCCUGGUGAUGCUCCACCACCAUCGGACGGAGAUGGAAAAGGCGGAAAACCACCCAAAUCUGGUGAUGAUUCACCACCACCAUCGGACGGAGAUGGAAAGGGCGGAAAACCACCCAAAUCUGGUGAUGAUUCACCACCACCAUCGGACGGAGAUGGAAAGGGCGGAAAACCACCCAAAUCUGGUCCACCGGGCAGCGAAUCUCCUCCUCCACCAGUGGACACAUCACCACCACUGCCGCCACAAACUCCGCCAACAACCCCACAGCCGUCCCCUCCAACACCCACACCAGUGCCAACAACCCCGCCAUCAUCUCCACCACCAUCCAUUCCUUCAGUUCCUUCGCCAUCACCGCCACAAACUCCGCCGACAACCCCACAGCCGUCACCUCCGACACCCACACCAUCGCCAACAACCCCACAGCCGUCACCUCCGACACCCACACCAUCGCCAACAACCCCACAGCCGUCACCUCCGACACCCACACCAUCGCCAACAACCCCGCCGUCAUCUCCACCUCCAUCGUCUCCACCACCACCAUCCAUUCCUUCAACUCCUUCCCCAUCGCCACCACAAACCCCGCCAACAACCCCACAGCCGUCGCCUCCAACUCCCACACCAUCGCCAACAACCCCGCCAUCAUCUACACCGCCACAAACUCCGCCAACAACCCCACAGCCAUCGCCAACACCACCUACGGUUCCCUCAACUCCUACACCACCUUCGCCAUUGUCGCCUCCCUCAACUCCUACACCACCUUCGCCAUUGUCGCCGCCAACGCAAUCACCUCCUCCUCCACAAGAUUCAUCAGACUCCGCCGGAGCAAAAAGAAAGAGAUGCCGGAACAUCAACUAUCCCCAAUGCUACAACUUAGAACACACAUGCCCUGCUUCUUGCCCCCACACUUGCGAGAUCGAUUGUGUCUCCUGCAAGCCCGUCUGCAAAUGCGACAGGCCAGGCGCCGUCUGCCAAGACCCUCGAUUCAUCGGCGGCGACGGAAUCACUUUCUACUUCCACGGCAAAAAGGACAGAGAUUUCUGCCUCGUCACAGACCCCAAUCUCCACAUCAACGCACACUUCAUCGGCCGGCGGAACCAAUUUAUGAAAAGGGAUUUCACCUGGGUCCAAUCCAUCGGAAUUCUCUUCGGCCGCCACCGCCUCUUCGUUGGCGCCCUAAAGACCGCCGUCUGGGACGACGCCGUCGAUCGACUCUCCCUCGCAUUCGACGGCGAGCCGAUUCUCCUCCCCGCCGUCGCCGGCUCCACUUGGCAACCGUCGGACUUUCCGUCGGCCACCGUUAAAAGGGACAGCGACGCCAACAGCGUAACCCUCCGCGUCGACGGACUUUUCGAAAUUUCGGCGACGGCGGUGCCGAUAACGGCGCAGGAAUCGGCGGUGCACAAUUACGGUAUCACGGAAGAGGACACGUUCGCGCAUAUUGAAUUAGGAUUCAAAUUCUUCGCCCUGAGCGGAAAGGUGAACGGAAUUUUAGGGCAGACUUACGGCAGCAAUUACGUGAGUCGGGUGAAGAUGGGAGUUCCGAUGCCGGUGCUGGGAGGGGAGAGGGAAUUUGCAGUUUCAGGCCUUUUCGCGGCGGAUUGUGAGGCUUCUCAGUUUCUCGGCGGGGAAAUCACGGCGGCGAAAUGAGCUACGGCGGAGUAUGAAAAACAGUGAGGAUUCUGACGGUCUAUUUUAUUUAAUAUUUAAUAAUUUAAAUUGACUGCUAAUAAUAAAUGAAAUUGUAUAAAUUAAAGAAGAAAUAAUGCAACCACUAAAUUAAAUUAAAAAAAAAUAUAUAUAUAUAUAUAUAUAUCAAGUGCUUUUGAGUUGAGUAUUGUUUCCUAAUUUUCAUUAAUUGCUCUUUUCUCUUCUUCUUCAAUUAAAUAUGAUAUGAUUGUAACACAAUAAAAUAAAUAUAUA